AUGCUCUUCCCACGUAUCUCGCUGCUCUCCGUCAUCGCGGGACUGGCCGCCAUCAGCAACGCAUUCUCAGCAGAGUCCUCGUCACAGUCCCGAGCCAAUACGACCAGACCAACCGUGCCGGGCCACUGCUCGACGACGAUCGACGACUUCGAGCACACGACCGGCUACGUCAAGACGCACGAGUGCUACACGCGCACCAGCACAGCUCCAGCAGCAACCUGCCCAACGUUUUCAUGCGCGCCAAAGGCCACGGACGUCAUCUGCCCCGAGUACAUCAAGGUAUCGAGCGUCACGGUGCCGUGCGCAACCGACUGCUGCCCGACGACAUCCACAGUCUACGAGCCUGCCGGACCUUGCUCGACCUGUGACUCGUGCAAGAUUCCGACGGAAUGGUGGACUUACACCACAGGAUGUGUGGGAACCCCAACGAUCACGUCACACACCAUCGUUACGCCGCCAUAG